ACAGCUGAUACAAGAAUGGAAAACUUUAGUCAGAAAGCACAUUUCAGAGAAUAUCAGAAAAUUCAUCUAGAAGUGAAACCUCUUGAAUGUGGAAAACUCAACCACAGUUCAGCCAUUACAGUACAGCAGAGAACUCAGGAAAUAGAGACAUCUUGUGAUAAUAUUACAUGUAGGGAACCUUUCAGUUUUCAGUCACCCUUCAGUAUGCAUCAGAGAAUUCAUGGCAGGAGAAAAGCCUGUGAAAAAUCCUUGCCUGUGAGAUCAUCCAUCGUUGUAGAGCAGAGAACUCACACAGCUGAGAAAACCUAUGAAUGUAAUGAAUGUGGGAGAGACUUUUUUUGUAAAUCAUACCUAGUAAGACAUCAGAGAAAACAUACAGGGGAAAAACCAUAUGAAUGUAAUGAAUGUGGUAAAACUUUCAGUCGCAAGUCAAGUGUUGGAAAACAUCAGACAACUCACACAGGGGAGAAACCAUAUAAAUGUGGGGACUGUGGGAAAACUUUCAGGCGGAAGGCACACCUCACUGUACAUCAGACAAAUCACACAGGGAAGAAACCCUAUAAGUGUGAUGAAUGUGGUAAAACUUUCAGCUGGAAGUCAAACCUUAGAGAACAUCAGAGAUUUCACACAAGGGAGAAACCCUAUAAAUGUGAUGAGUGUGGGAAAACUUUUAGCUGGAAGUCUAACCUUCGAGAACAUCAAACAACUCACACAGGGGAGAAACCCUAUGAAUGUAAUGAAUGUAGUAAAACUUUCAGCAAUAAGUCAAACCUUGGAAAACAUCAGAAAAUUCAUACAACAGAGAAACCUUAUAAAUGUGAUGAAUGUGGGAAGAAUUUCACCCGGAAGUCAUACCUUGGACUACAUCAGCAGAUUCACACAAGGGAGAAACUAUACCAGUGUAAUGAAUGUGGUCAAACUUUCAAGAAUAAGUCAGACCUUGGAAAACAUCAGAGAAUUCACAUGGUGGAGAAAUCCUAUAAAUGUGCUCAAACAUUUAGCUGCGAGUCAAGCCUUGAAAUGCAUCAGACAACAUGAGAGAGGUGUAGAGAUGUAUCUGGGAGAGUGUUUACCCAUAAUGCACAUCUUGUAAAACAUUUGAGAAGUCACACAUAGGAAAAGCCUGAUAAGUGAUGAAUGGGAACACUUUCACCUAAAUGUAAAAUUUUAAGAGUUACUAUGCAAGUGAGUUGAAUGUGGGUGUGCUUUCCUUUUGGAAAUCAGGCCUCAUGGUAUAUCAGAGCAACUGAGGAACAGACAGUACAUGGGAAAUGUUUGCAAUAUAGCUCUAAACUUGUGAGAUGUUUCACACAAGGCAUUUAAUGAAUUGCAUUUUUAGCAUUUAGCCUCACCUGUGCAAACAAAAUUUAAAAAGAUGUGAAAUCCCUAAAUGUAUAAUGGAUUUUCAGAUACAAACUAUAAAAGGAGAGAAAAGAUGUUUUCUCAGAUUCAGUAUGUGGCACUUUGAAAAUUAAAUCAAUAGGGUUGGAUUAAGAUUUACUUCAUAUGCAUAGGAGGGAUCUCACACAAAUGAAAUGAAAACUGAAAGAGGAGGUCAGCCCUGGAAGCUUAUAUACCAUUUUCAUAAAAGUGCAAAGGAGUAAUCAAACAAAGGAAAAGGGCUUUGAGGUAGAGGUGGUACAUAUGGUAAGGGAAAUAUUCAGGGAAUGUGAUAGAAAAAAGAUUAUUUCAGUUAGAUAUUUCUAGGCAGAUUUCUAAAGAAUUGUCUCCUCAUCAUUCAAUAGAAAAUGGAAUGUGGAACACCUUCACAAGAGAUUGAUAUCCUGCUAUAGGUAGAUGGGGGAGGGGUGAAGAGUGUUUCUGUCUACUGUUUCAGGUUCAGCUCAAGAUAAUUCUAAUAUCAUACUGCCCUAUUUUGGAUACUGCUGUAUCCCCUUCACGUGAUAGCUAAAUUUGAUAGAUGAAGAGAUUUCCAUCAGUGGCCCUACCUCAGCUUCACCAAACUCUUUGAAUAUAGUGAAUAUGGAAAAACUUCAUUCAGACAUCAAAUCUUGCAGAGUUAGUUUUUCCUACUACCCUCUUUACAUUCUUGAGCCUACAUAAGCCAUGAAUAGGACUGCUGAAAAUUGCCAAGUUAUGUGUCACAUUCAUUGGGUUGGAGAACUGACAACGUCCUCAACAACCAUUACCUAUUAAGGGCAACUGUUCACUAUUACUAGUCAUAGAAAUGAUACGAAUUUGUUUUAUGUGGGGAGUUACCCUCAGGCUCUACAGAUAUCCUUUUUUUUUUUUUAAGAU